AACUGACUCUUCUACUCCCUGUUUUAUUUACAUUUUACCUCCUCCGAUCCAAUAUUGACUCUAGUGAAUAAUCCCAUAACCACCAGAAUGCCUCGCAAAGUAUCCUUCUCCGAAACUCAACUACCCAAUUUCGACAAACCCAUCCGCCCGCCUUCUAUCAGCGUCGACUUUUCCACCACUGUCCCCGAAUGCCCCGUCACUGCGGCCCGCCAACCAGCCCGCUAUACGAACGACUACAUUGAGAAACCGGGUGUUCCGCGGGCCAACACCACCGCCUCAAUUGACCGGCCGGACGGGGAUGAGAGCUAUACAAAGCGAUUUGGCGAUUUUACCCCCCUCCAACAACAUGUCCUCUUCUGGGACCGCGACCGCGACGGGCAAAUCUACCCCUGGGAUACAUAUAACGGCUUUCGCGACCUAGGAUUCAAUAUCAUCUUCUCCUUCUUAGCUGUUCUAAUCAUCAAUUUGAACUUCUCCUAUCCGACUCGUCUGGCACAUUCGUAUCUCCCGGAUCCGUGGUUUAGGGUAUAUGUGGAUGCGGUUCAUAAAGCCAAGCAUGGCUCCGAUAGCAAUACCUACGACCCCGAAGGACGCUUCGUUCCUCAAUCAUUCGAGAAUAUGUUCGCGAAGUAUGAUCGCGAUGGUGAUGGCGCAUUAACACUGCGGGAGCUGUUUGAUAUGAUGCAUGGGAAUAGAUGUGCGGCUGAUCCGUUUGGUUGGGGAGCCGCCUUGUUUGAAUGGGGCACCACAUGGUUGCUAAUUGAGAAGGACGGCAAGGUCUGGAAGGAAGAUGUGCGGGGUGUAUACGAUGGCUCAUUAUUCUGGAAGGUACGGGAAGCGAACCUUUCAGGCCGGGGAUGGACGCAGGGAUUUAGACCUGGAUUAUGGAUGAAGCGGACAGUGAAGGGAUAUCGGAAUGCAUAUUUGGACGGCUAAGCAUACAUGCAUUGCAUUAGACCAUUGUACACUUAUUUAGAGCGAUGUAGUUAUCGCCAUCAUCUCAUGUAUGAUUUCAUCGUCGAGCAUAAUACCAGCGACUUCAAGC